GAGAGCAGUACAAUUCGAUCGGACUAGGAGUCAAAUCAACUAACUGUAGAAAAGACGACACGCGGUCGGAGUCGUAUAAUAGUCCAUGAUAUUGAAACUGAGGGAAUCACAGAGAAUUCCUUUGAAUUGUGUCUGAGGUGUUUCAGUCUGAGGGACUGGAAGGUUGUGUGAGGACGUCGGGGAGCUAUGGGGUGCAGGAAGCAGCGCUGGUCGUCCACGGAGGUGCUUCUGAGUGUGCUGUGUCUGAUUCUGCUUGCAGUGUGUGUCGGCCUCAUCGUCGUCUCUUGGCUCGCCCUACAGGCUGACCAGGACCAGGGUGAACCAAAUGGCAUAGUGUUCAAUGGGAGGAUGGUCAUUACGAGGGGUGCUGUGUUCACGGAGGAGCUGAGAAACAGGAGCAGUCUGCAAUUCAAGUCCCUGGCCUUUGACACAGAGCAUCUAAUAUCUGAAGCGUAUGGCCGUGGCUCCCUCUGUAAUGACUUCAAGGCCUGUAGAGUUUUACAUUUCAGCAAUGGCAGUGUGGUGGUGAACUUUGACCUGCAGUUCCGCUACAGUGUGGAGGUAGAGAUUGUAGAGCAGCAGCUGGUUGCUGGGCUUCAGAACACUGGGGACCUGGUGGUCGACCGAAAUAGCAUCCAGGUCACAGUGAAAGAGGACCUAACUACAACCCAACCGACCUCUUCAACCCAACCGACCUCUUCAACCCAGCCGACCUCUUCAACCCAAUUGACUUCUUCAACCCACCCGACCUCUUCAACCCACCCGACCUCUUCAACCCACCCGACCUCUUCAACCCAAUUGACCUCUUCAACCCACCCGACCUCUUCAACCCACCCGACCUCUUCAACCCAGCCGACCUCUUCAACCCAGCUGACCUCUUCAACCCAGCCGACCCCUUCAACCCAGCCGACCUCUUCAACCCAGCCGACCUCUUCAACCCAGCCGACCUCUUCAACCCAGCUGACCUCUUCAACCCAGCUGACCUCUUCAACCCAGCCGACCUCUUCAACCCAGCCGAACGUUCCACCUCAUCUUUCCACUAAACCUCCUUCAGGGAAGUGCCCUCCACAUCAUAGGGCCUGUGGGGAUGACACAACAUGUGUUCUAACCACACGGUUUUGUGACGGAGUGGAUGAUUGUCCUGGUGGCUCUGAUGAAGACGCCACUCUCUGUGCAACAAAGUGUGAUGGCCAGUUCCUCCUUCUUGGUCCCAUGGGAUUCUUCUAUUCGGAAAACUUCCCUCUCCCAUACAGCCAAGGCAUGACCUGUCGCUGGAUCGUACGAGUUCAGGCAGGUCUGGCCAUAAAGAUGAUUUUUCCCUCAUUUGACACAGAACAAGAUAUGGAUCUCCUCAGUCUUUAUGAGGGCACUGGACAAAGGAGAAAUCGGACGUACGUACUGUCUGGCUCCUCCCCAGGCACUGUUUGGCUGCUGUCUGACAAGGCCACUGUUGAGUUCUCCACCAAUGAUUACAACAACCUCAGAGGAUUCAACGCCACCUACUCAGCAGAAGACAUCAACGACCUCUCUAAUGAUGAGCGGCUGAGGUGCUCCUUUGAGGAGGGCCUGUGUUUCUGGAGACAGGAGCCAGAGGAUGACGGGGACUGGAUACGCACCAACGUCCCCACGUUCCCCCCCUUCACGGGCCCCAACUUUGACCACACGUUCGGGAACCAUUCAGGCUUCUACAUUGUCACCCCGGGGAGCCCUGGCCAGUGGGAGAAGAACUUCAAGAUCCGCAGCCUCCGACUAACUCCUUGGAAUGAACCGAUGUGUCUAACGUUCUGGUACCACAUGUAUGGAGAAGAUGUGCACCGGCUAACGGUGUCGGUGGAGGGGCCGUUACCGCCCGCGGUCGUUCAGGCUUCAGUCAGCGUGGUGUUCCAGAAGGAGGGGAACUAUGGAGACAACUGGAAUUUGGGCCAGGUCACCCUGAACAGCACCGCUGAUACAAUGGUGGUGUUUGAGGCUCAAAAGAGGGGCGGUAUGAGGAAUGACAUCGCCCUGGAUGACAUCAGCCUGACAAGGGGCCCGUGUGGGGAUGGCCCACCAGAGCCAACAGUCGUCCCCACCCCCACGACACCACCUCCCAUGCCCCUCGACUGUGGAGGACCCUUUGACCUCUGGGAGCCCAACUCUACAUUCAGCUCCCCCAACUACCCGUCCUCCUAUGGAAACAAGGCUUUUUGUUUGUGGACUCUUCACGCUAGGGAUGGAUGGAACAUCCAGCUUCACUUCCUGGAUUUCGACGUUGAGCCGAUUGAUGACGUGGUGGAGGUGCGAGAUGGGGCGGGGCCAGCGUCUGAACUGCUUGGCGUCUUCACUGGUUUUGAUGCUACCAUCCCAGAUGUGAUCUCUACAGCCAAUCAGAUCACAGUGAUAUUUUCCACAGACAUCUCAGGGCAUGGCCGGGGUUUCCAUGCCAACUUCACAUCUGGUUUAGCGCUGGGAAGGCCAAAGCCAUGUGCCACUGGGUUCUAUCUGUGUCAGUCCGGAGAAUGUAUUUUCAACACCAGUGUGUGUGACGGCCAGCCAGACUGUGUCGACUCCUCGGAUGAAGCUGACUGUGUGCACCUGGUAUCAGUGAAUGGUACGAGUGUCCGACGUCUUCAGCUCCAAGUCCAGACCCGCUGGUACACGACCUGUGCUGAGAACUGGAACGCUCAGUUCACCCACUUCAUGUGUCAUUACCUGGGCUACAGAUCAGGAAGUGCUGUCUUCAUAGCAGCUGAGGAGAAAUACUCUCCUUUCACCACCGUGAGUGUUGCAGCCAAUGGCAGCCUGGACCUGACCCCAAGUGAAAAAUGUACGAGUGAAAAGGUCAUAUCUUUGCAAUGUGACAACCGACCUUGUGGCGUUCGCAUGGUCUCCCAAGAGAUGCGUCGUGGUGGGCUCGCUGAACAAAGGAUGGGGGAAGAGGAGUCAGAGGAGAGUGCGACGGGCAGAGUUGUGGGAGGGGCCGAGUCUCCUAAAGGGGCGUGGCCGUGGAUGGUGUCGCUGCACUGGAGAGGCCGUCACGUGUGUGGCGCCACUCUGAUCGAUAGCCAGUGGUUGGUCACAGCUGCACACUGCAUCUACGGGAAAAAUAUUCACCUUUCCAACUGGGUGGCGGUGUUGGGCCUUCACUCCCAGGCCAAUGUAGGUGUCCUCCCCUCACGGACUCGAAAGGUGGACCGGGUCAUCAUGAACAAGCACUACAACAAGCAGACCAAGGAUGCUGACAUUGCUAUGAUGCACCUUCAAACGAAUGUCACUUUCACAGAAUAUAUCCAACCCAUCUGCCUACCACGGAGCGACCAGCAGUUUGAGGCUGGCAGGAAGUGUUUCAUAGCGGGCUGGGGAAGGGAAGCGGAGCAAGGCGCCGUGUCUAAUGUACUACAGCAGGCCACACUGCCCCUGCUGAGCCAGUCCGAGUGUCAGAAACUGCUUCCUGAGUACAACAUCACGGCCAGGAUGUUGUGUGCCGGCUACCCUGAGGGGGGAGUGGACUCCUGUCAGGGGGACUCCGGAGGUCCUCUCAUGUGUGAGAUGGAUGGCCACUGGGUGCAGGUGGGCGUGGUUUCUUUUGGGAAGGGCUGUGGCCGCCCCCUGCGCCCUGGUGUGUACGCUAUGGUCUCCCAGUUCACUGACUGGAUUGUCCUUACCAGGAGAUCUCAAUGACACUGGUUGCAGUGGGGCAGGACUCUAAAGAACAAUCAGCCUCAGAUGCAGGAUUUUACCUGCGGUUUUGACUACUGAAAUGUAUUGAUGAUUUUGAAUGAUAAUAUUUUAAAGAUUGCAAAUGGUAACAAUGGUAACAUGUUUUUGGUGAUUUACAGAACUUAUUUUUUAUUUUAUCACAUUUCUAUCUCUGGCUCUUUCAUGGCUGAAAAGGUUGAAAUGCCUUCAAUGUUGUAGAAUAAAUGUGACACAAGAUGGCAGUAUUGCAUGUUAUGUUCAGGAGACUAUGUUGUUUCCUGUACAACAAUGCCUUCACAUGGAUGUUGUAUCAAUUUGCAAAAACAUGUUCUCAGCACUAUAAAUCGGAUUAC